AUGGAUAGUAUAAUAGAAGUAAAUAAAGAUGGGAAGAAUAAUAAUAAUAAUAAUGUAAAUAUACCAAGAGAAAUAAUAUUAGAUAUCAUUCAAGAUAUUGUAAAGAGUUUACAGUAUAAUCGAAACAAUCAUUUGUUACCAUCAGAACAUAUCAAUGAACAAGAUAUAAAAGAUCAACAACAAAAACAACUAGAACAACAACUUCAACAACUACAAGAGAAACAACAACGACAACAACAAGAGGAAAAUGAUCUAGUCGACGAAUCAUCCUCAAAUAAUAACCAACAACAAAAUCAAAAGGAUGACGACCAAUACAUGAAUAUAAACAGUCCCAAGAAAUUUAAAUUGGAUAGUGAUACAAUCAAUCAAUCAAUAUUUAAUAAUUUACAAUUACAAAAAGAUAAAUUGGAUUUACUCAAUAAUGAUAACAUUAAUGAUCAAUCACAACAACAACAACCUGUACAGAACAACACCAACAAUAACAAUAACAGAAAUGAUAGAAUCAUACAUUUUACACAAGAGAAAAUGAUUAUAAACCAAGAAACUAAAUUGGAAAAUACUGUAACUAUAUGGCAACCAAGAGUAUUAAAACAAGUAAAGAAUGAUAGUUGUGGAUAUUAUAGUUUAUUUAAUGGUAUAUCAUUUUAUAAUGCAUGUAGAGCAGAGGAUAUGGAUCAUUCAAUUGAAUAUUUAAAUAGGAUGCUUUGUCGACCGCUGUUUUGGCAUAUUUAUACGAUAUCGAUGAACUUGCUCAUUGACAAGGCACGUAUGAAAAAGAAGGCUUACUAUCCAUGGAAUGAAAAGUAUAUCCAAAAGGGUGUGAUGGAACGUUGUUAUAUUGAUUAUUUGUUGACCAGUGACAAUGUGCUAUCCAAGCAACAGUACCCUAUCACGGUUCUACCAGACUGGGCCAUAGACUCUUUGCGAAACAACCGACUUGGACUACAAGAGAUCAAAGAGUUGCAAGAGAUUAGUCACCGAUUCAAGACACGUGAUUCGUAUGCACAUAUUUUCAUGGUGGGUGUUGCCGUACACUGGAUAUCAAUUGUCAUUAGUAAACAUGUUACAGGAGACGUUGAGAUUGUUCUCAUGGACAGUCGUAACCAUAAUCUACUCGGUGGCACAGACACAGAGUUUCAAGCCAUCGUCGACAAGCAUCCUGAAGUACCCGAACGUCUUAGAAAGGGGUAUUUCCUCUCUUUACACGAUCCCAAACCCAUUGUCCAUAUCCUUCGUGACUGUAUCAUUGGUUCCAAGGAUAUUGGCAAGACUCUGGUAGACAUUAAUCUCACUGGGUUCCUUGAAAAUUACUACACCUAUGUCAAUCCACUCGAAUCGCUUUCACUUCACGAAUCCAUCAAUAUCAAAGAUAUCACAUUGGUACAAUUAAUUCAUUGGCUUGAAGAUUAUUGGCCUCCCUCUGUUAUUGAACAUAAUAUUUGUCAAGUAUUGGAUAGUAUUAUUCAAAACAAUGAGGAUAUGAUAAAGUAUUUUGAUGUUACAUUGAUUGAAUCAUUUUCAAAGUGGACCAAAGAGGUAUCAUCACAUUCCUUGGAGAUGUCAGAGAUUGUUUUAUUGAAACGAUUCUCUGUUACUGUUCAAUGGUUCACAGGCAAGUUUGCAUUAAAAUCUGAUUAG